AUGAGUUCCGACGAUGAAUGGCAUGACCUGGACCCAAUUCGAUCCGAGACAAAGGAAGAGAAGAGGAGGAAGGUCUACCAAUUCCACCCCAUUCGUAAAGAGGACAUUGGCGAUUAUGGCUGUGAAUGGAUGUGGUUCCAUGGAUGCGAGAUGGUCGACAAUUUCCAUGAUGGGCCGUAG